AUGGCAGACAAGAGGAAAUUGCAGUGUGACAUUGAUAGAACACUGAAGCGGGUUCAGGAGGGCCGUGCUUCAUUCCAGGAAAUCUUGGAUAAAUUCGAAAGUUCAAAUAAUCAGACCCAAAAAGAAAAGUUCGAAGCUGAUCUUAAGAAAGAAAUCAAACGCCUUCAACGUUUUCGAGAUCAGAUUAAAACAUGGCAUACUUGUAAUGACAUUAAGGACAAACGACCGUUGUUAGAAGCACGCAAAUUGAUUGAACAAGACAUGGAAAGGUUUAAGAUUAUUGAAAAGGAAACAAAAACCAAGGCAUAUUCAAAGGAAGGACUCCUUACUGCCGAUGCGAAGAAGGACCCUUUGCAGAAAGAAAAGGAGAAGUUGGACGAGUGGUUAAAACAAUCUAUCUGUGCUUUAAAAACUAAAUCUGAGCAGUAUGAGUAUGAUUUGGAGAAUUUGUCUAAUACGGGAAAAAAGAAGCGAGGUGAUAAAGAGAAGGCUGCGGUCGUUGAGGAUAAGAAGCAAAAGUUGGAGUUUUGUGCAUACCAUAUGGAAAAGCUUGAGACUGUCAUGCGACAUCUAGACAACGAGCGCCUAGAUUGUUCGAAAGUCCGAUCUCUUAAGGAUCCCAUUGAGUAUGUAAUAGAGUCGAUUGAUGAUGUUAGUGUGGAAGAUUACAGGUCUCUCUACGAUGAUAUGCAUUUAGAAGAUUUGGGGGAUGGUGCUAUCAUGACUCCAAACGCAUUGGCCUCUACUAGCUUUCUGGAUUACGAUCCAAACCCCUCAACAAUCCUUCCUGUCGUUCCUCCCAUCAAAAAUGGCAGCGGCGAAGAGUCAAUUGCCUUUACGUGUCCACUGCCUCCUGGAUCUUCGACAUCCUCCAACGCGUCUUCGUCACGAGAGCGAUCUAAGAACUCCUCUGAAGAGAAGUGCGUGAUUGCACCAAUCUCGUCGUCCUCUACAAGCACCCCGGUUAAAGAAAAAAAGGAUAAAGGUGCGAAAUCACAACCAGCUUCAGCACCAGUUAAUUUAACUGCUCCUUCAUCGUUCCAUCUCGCCAAUACUUCUAUUGCAGCACCAUCACCUAAUAAGAAAUCUUUUGCUGGCGCUGCCUCUAAACAACAGCACUCCGAAAAUGUGAAGCCCGAAUCUGAAAGAACAGUCGCUCCUUGCGAUGUUGCACAGAUUCACCGAGAAAAUUAUGCUAAGGUUGCGGGUGAAUCAAAAAAAGAUAGACCAAAAAAGGAGCACCAACAACAACAUGAACCGGAGUUAAAGACUGCAACACCGACUCCGUCCGCGACUCCAGUCAAAAACGAGAAAAGAAAAACUGAGGAAGCUAAAGAAAGGGCCCAAAGCAGCGGUCCUACUGUCGUAGCAAUAACAUCUCCCCCACUUACGCCAUCUACUGCUACAGAAACGUCAUUCAUUCCUUCCUCGACAUCCUCGUCAGUGAUGUCUGCCCCCAAAGCGGUUGCUCCAACUUUCAGUGUUGCAGUCACGCCACAAACGUCAACGAGUUCUCCACCAUCAGCUGACGCAGUUAUGACUGCAGUCAUGCAUCAACAGCACAACCAGUCUCCAAAUCCAUUUGUUGUUGUCCAUCCUCGUGAUGCUUUGGCGCCAUUCCGGAAUCAGCAGCUUGACAGGCAGCGUACCCUCCCUUCAGAGCUUCGUAGUCAAAUUCAAGCAUUGGAGAGCGCCUACCGUCGUCUAUCACUGCCGUGUGACACUGAAAAAUCCCGUAUGCUCGUUUACAAGAAACCGAUUAGUGUGCCAAGUUACUUUCCAUCUGAACCGUUGAAGGGCUCUGACACAGAGGAAUACUUUAUGAAGUUGGAUGCCCAAACGCUUUUCUUCCUCUUCUACUAUUUUGAGGGAACAAGGGCCCAAUACUUAGCUGCAAAAGCCCUAAAGCGGAUGUCUUGGCGCUUCCACACGAAAUAUAUGACCUGGUUUCAACGCAACGAGGAGCCUAAGCAGAUCACCGAGGAAUUUGAGUCGGGCACUUACAUAUACUAUGACUUCCAAACAAUGAGUCAGCGGAAGAAGGAGGAGUUCAUUUUCCUAUACAGCUUUCUUGAGGACAAAGACUUCUAA